AUGGCUGACGCUGACGUCGAUGAUGGACCCAUUCAAGUCAACGUGGCAUCAACGGUGGGGGCGCUCUUCUACGGUUACAUGGCCGCAAUGUGGCUUUAUGGUAUCGCAUGCUCGCAAUCUCGCUACUUCAUGAAGUAUAGCUUGUGUGGAGGGAAGCUUGAGCUGAAGCUGAUCGUGGUCGCCGUGUGGGCGCUGGAGACGUUACACUUUCUAUUCUUCACGAUUGGAUUGUACGGUUAUCUCGUCCGUGCACACGGCAGUCCUGCGAAGCUAGCCGAACGCCAGUGGUCAAUCUGCGGGAUGAUGAUAACAUCUCUCGCCAUAGCUUCGUUAGUGCAAUAUGUCUGGAUGAGACGUAUUUGGAACUUGAGCAAGGGAAUGCUACGUCUUUUCCUGUCGGGCUGCAUGAUCGCUUUGACACUCUCCAGCUGGGUUGUGGGUGCCCUGUGGACUGAUACUCUCGUGAAUGCCAACACUUGGACGAAAAUCGAGGCGUGGAUGAUUAUUACCCCGCUUGCAUGCUCCACCGCUAACGAUAUCAUUGCUGCUACAUUUCUUUGUGUAAAGCUGCAGCGGUCCAAAACUGGCAUUCGCUCAACCGACGGUAUUCUCAAUGAGCUCAUUGUGCUCUCGCUAAACACCGGCCUUCUGAUAUCUAUCCUGUCCGUCGUAGUCAUUGUUCUUAUCUUGGUUAUUCCGCUCCAGGAAUGGUACGUUAGCCUGUACAUCGCCAUCACGCGCCUUUACGCGAAUUCUCUCCUCGCGAUGCUCAACUACGGCGUAUCUCCGACAUCCCACACCGCUGGCCGAUUAAGACGGAUAGGACACGCUAUAAACACAGACUCCGGCACCUCGCCGUUUGAGCUUACAACUAUCGCCUUGGACUUUUCGCUGGGCGAGCAGACAGUUUCCACGCCUGCAUUACACUCCCCGGUAUCGCUCAAUCCGGGUGCACAAUGCAUCCGUAGCUGGGACACAUCGGGUGACACAGAGAGUUGAAGGCUAUAUUUGAUGGUAUAUAACACCAAUUCAUAGGUGAAAUCAAACCCUCGAGGCAACGCUGAGCGCGUUUGGUUUUUUCUCUAGUGUAUUUCUUGUGGACAGUGAAAAAGAGAACACAGUCACGGGAAUCCGAGGUCAAACGAACAAGAAGUGAGAUAAAUCGCCUACUAAAAAUCCUAGAUAAAACAAAAGAAUAGGUGGGGUUGAGAACUUAGAAAAGACGUUGGGGAGAGAAGGCUUGCAUCUGAGCGCUUGGGUCCACUUAUAUUUGUUUUAGAUAUCCAUACAUAUCGUCAUUAUAAUAGCGCUACAUCCAACAGUUUCAUUACCA